UCCGUAUUUUUCGUGCUCUAAAAGUGCUUUCUGUGUACAAUUUUAAAGACCAUAAUUGAGCGAAUACGUUUUGCGUACAAACAGUGGAAAUAAUCAAAGAAUUGAUCUAUCUACUUUCUGCUGCAAUCAAUAUAAAAAAUGUCUGCUGAAGCUGAAGCCAUUGUCACAACGGCCGCUGCCGAUGCCUCCACAUCACCGACAAAAAUCAAGAAAGUAGCCGCCGUCGAUGCAGACACCACACCCGACAACGCUGUGCCCGUGGCCACAGAUGGCGCCUCCGAGGGAAACGGCAAGGUGGAGCAAGAGCGCGCCGAAAAAAUACUCAAGGGCAAGGAGCUCUUUAGCCAGGGAUCGCGCAAUUUCCUGGUCAAGAGCUACGAUGAGGCCGCCGAUGAAUUGAGCCAGGUGUGCCAGCUGUACGAGGAGGUUUACGGCGAGCUGGCCGAUGAAUUGGGGCAGCCCCUGCUGCUAUAUGCCAAGGCGCUGAUUGCCAUGGCUCUGGAUGAGAACAAAGUGAUUGAUGUGCCCGAUGAGGCAGCCGAUGACGAUGAUGAGGAUAUGGACGAUGACGAUGAUGCUGGGGACGAAGCAGGGGAAGCUGCAGAGUCCAAGAAAGAAGCUGGCGAGGACAAGAAGGAGGCAGGCGAGGCCAAGAAGGAGGCAAGCGAGGCCAAAGAAGCGGCAGAGUCGAAGAAGGAAGCCGAGCCAUCCAAGAAGGAAGCCAAUGGCGCCGGCAGCACAAAUGGCAAGGCGUUGGAUAGCAUCAAGGAGGCCUCCGAUGAAGCCGAUUCCACUGUAGAUGCCCCAACAGAUGAGAAGAAUGCCAAGAAAUCAUCCACAGGAGUCGAAGAAGUUAGCAGCAGCAAUGGCGGUGCCACGGUCAACGAUGAUGAGCGUCCCAGCACCUCGAAUGGUGAGGCUGCAGCCAGUCCCAGCAAUGGAGCUGCGGCUUCAGCCGGAGGAGAGGAUGAGGAGGAGACCGAAGAGGGCGUCAGUGGCAGUCUCCAGUUGGCCUGGGAGAUCUUGGAGGCAGCUGCCAAGAUCUUUUUGCGCCAGGGCCUCAACGGCCUUCCCUAUUUGGCAGAGGUUCAAACUGAAUUGGCAAAUAUUGAAUUCGAGAAUGGGAUCCUUGAGGCGGCACGUGAGGAUUACGAAAAAGCACUCUUAAUUCUAAGCGAUCUCCCAACUAAGAAUCGCCGGGCACUCGCCGAGCUGCACUACAAGAUCGGCCUGACAUUUUUGAUGGCACAGCAAAACAAGGAAGGAGCCGCCUCGCUGCGUCUCUCCAGUGCCUUGAUUGAGGAGGAAAUAACAGAGAUCAAGGAGAAAGAGGAGCCCCUCAGUGAUCGCGAGAAGAACAAUAUGUUGGAUUUGGAGGAGACCAAGCAGGAGAUAUUGGCCAAAAUACAGGAAAUUGAAGAGAUGCAGGCUCAGACCAUUGCUGAGGUGCGUGCGGCUUUGGAUAGCUACAUCAAGCCAAUGGGCAGUGGCAGUAGCAGCAGCGGGGGCGCCAGCAGCAACGAUGCUGCUGCGUCUUCAUCCACCAAUGGGGCGGCCAGCUCUCCAUCACCGUCAUCAUCGUCCAGUGCUGCUGCUACUUCUGCUGUUGCUGCCACCUCGUCCUCGUCGACCAUUAGCAGCAGUUCCACCGCCAAGCCCACCGAUAUUACGCAUUUGAUUAAGCGCAAGAAGCCCGAGGAGCCUGGCUCUGAGGCCGAGGCCCUGUGCUCGCCGGCCAAGCGUCCCGCCUUGUAGGAAAAGCAGCGGCACAUUCCAGUGGCACACACUCAAUCACCCCCCACACAUCAGCUACUUAAACCACCCAUCCCUCGACCCUCAACCCAUGAUAGAAACACCUUUUUCACACACUUGCAUUUUAUAAAACACAAGCACACUGUCACUGUCCCCAUGCUUUCCCCCUAUUAUGCUCCUAUUUAUGCUUUUUGUUUGCUGUUUUUUCUACCAAAAUUCUCUGUAAGUCUCUGUAAGUUUAAAAUCACAAUUUAGUGCGUAAGAAAGUGCGUAAAAAUAAACGAAUGUUUUGUAUUAAACAAAAGGAA